AUGAGUGACGCCUUGUGUGGACCAUCAAAUGCCUUGCAAAAUUUCCAGAAGCAUACCUCCGUGGACCGGACGCUUCAACAGGAUCGACUAGUCUCUCGGCAGUCGCCCUCUCAGGGCUUUAGAUCACAAAAUGCGCAUGAAGGCGCCCUUGAUCCGGAAUUCGCCGCGUUCGAAUCGAAUAUCGCGGGGGCGCCACUUCCGGAUUUACAGCAUCCUGCACAUUUCGUCGCCCAUGCACCACACCAUGGGAUACCCAGUCAGGGGGAGAGCGCCGGGUGGGCGGGGGAUUUUCAAAGACUACAAAUAUCGGGUCCUGCUCAUCCAAUGCAUCAACAACCCGGGCCGUCCGCCGCUUCGGUAUCAGCCACCCCGCAACAGGGCUGGCAGGCCGAAUUCAUGAACCAACAGCGCCAACAUACUCCGUUUCAGCAGCAUCAGCCGUACAGGCCGGGAUUUCAGUCCUCAUUCGCACCCGGUUAUUCCAUGAAUGGAGCGUCCAUGAAUGCAAUGCGCGCGGCACAACAGGACACGGCGAUGCAGCAGCCGUCGGCUGAGACGUUUGAUGAAUCUGCUUUUGAAGCCGCAUUUGAACAGGCGAGGGCGGACAUGACAUCGCAGGCAACCGAUGUCACCCAGGAAACCGUCGAGGCUGUCAGCGAACCCCAUCAGUUGGACGCGCAGAAUGAAAGUCUAUCUCAGGAACAAAUUCGGAUCGGAUCGGACACUAUUUCGCAGACCGCCCAGAACGAGACGGAAGGACGCCCCAGCGAUGCCGACGAACUGGCCCGGACAGCAGGGCAGCUACUUGACAGCGUUAGCCAUGAUCAAAGUCAGAAGUUCCAACAAAGCAAUUUUCUGGCCCUGAUGCGGCGCAUUCGAGAUCGGGAGGUCCAAGUGGAGGGAGAUGAGUUUCGCGAAGUCAGUACUAGCUCGUGA